CCAAACACCAAACACCAAACAAGCACAAAACAUACUAUUAUUUUCCUUUGUGAGAAUCUCUGCAUUUUCUCUCUGCAUUGUUUUUGUUUCCCUCAGCUUGUGGGUCUUCUCUGUAACAAACUACCGACCCUUUCUGCAACCACUCAUGGAGACCAUACUCUCUUCCUCUGCUACCUUUCUCAUGCCUUCUCUGCUUCUCUUCCCAUUUCCCUUCCUUCUUUGAUCUUUAUUAUUCCACCCAACAAAUACUCUCUCCCAUUUCAGCUAUACACUUGUCCGUUGCCCAUGGCUCUUCUCUCUCGUCUUAUUUUCAUUUUCUUUCUGUUUCUGUGCGCUUCUGCCCAGCGCAGCCCUGAGAAUCUCGUAGAGAUUCAAGCCUUGAUGUCUUUCAAGCUUAAUCUUCACGACCCACUUGGAGCUCUCAAUGGCUGGGAUUCUUCCACCCCCUCCGCUCCUUGCGACUGGCGUGGAGUUGCUUGUACUAAUAACAGUGUCACUGAGAUUCGUCUUCCUCGUCUGCAACUAGCUGGUCCACUUAGUGAUCAGUUAGCUAACUUACGCAUGCUCCGCAAGUUGAGCCUCCGGUCCAACUCCUUCAAUGGAACUAUCCCUUCUUCUCUCUCUAAAUGCACCCUCUUAACUGCUGUUUUCUUGCAGUACAACUCACUCUCCGGUAAUCUCCCGCCAGAGAUCAGUAACCUCACCCAACUUCAAGUCCUAAAUGUAGCUCAAAACCAUCUUUCCGGUCAAAUAUCUCCCCAUCUCCCUCCAAACCUUGCGUAUCUUGAUCUUUCAUCUAACUCUUUCUCUGGUUCAAUCCCUCCCAGUGUUGCUAUACUCUCCCAGCUUCAAGUUAUCAAUCUUUCAUAUAAUCAGUUGUCUGGUUCGAUUCCAGCGAGUCUCGGUGAGCUUCAGUAUCUCCAGUUUCUCUGGCUGGAUUUUAAUCUUUUACAAGGGACUAUACCAUCAGCCGUUGCAAAUUGUUCUUCGCUUGUGCAUUUGAGCGCAACUGGUAAUACACUUAGAGGUGUGAUCCCGGCGGCCAUAGGAGCGCUUCCUAAACUACAAGUCCUUUCUCUUUCACAAAAUAACCUCUCUGGUUCAGUUCCGUCGUCUAUGUUCUGCAAUAUAUCGAUUUAUCCGCCGUCGCUGCGGAUCGUGCAACUCGGGUUCAAUGCAUUUACAGAAGUUGUUGGGCCUCAGUCAGGGGAUUGUUUUAGUGUUUUGCAGGUUUUGGAUCUUCAAAGGAACAAAAUACGCGGCUUGUUUCCUUUAUGGUUAACAAAGGUGGCUACUUUGACAUCGUUGGAUUUUUCAGGAAAUUCAUUUUCGGGUUUGAUUCCGCCGGAGAUUGGAAAUAUGUUGAGGUUGGAACAGUUAAAGAUGGCCGACAAUUCUUUCAGUGGCGUCGUUCCAGCGGAGAUAAAACAAUGUAAGUCAUUGCGUGUUCUUGAUCUUGAAGGGAACCUCUUUUCAGGGGAAAUUCCUGUAUUCUUGGGUGAUAUAAGAGGUUUGAAGGAGUUAUCUCUUGGUGCAAAUCAGUUCUCUGGUUCAGUUCCUGAGACUUUCCGGAAUCUCACAGAACUUGAAACCUUAAGUUUACGUGACAAUGGUUUGAAUGGAAGCUUGCCAGAGGAGCUUAUGGGGUUGAGCAAUUUGACCACAUUGGACGUCAGUGGAAACAGUUUCUCCGGUGAAAUUCCAGUAAACAUUGGGAACUUGAGUCGGAUAAUGUCACUGAAUUUGAGUGGAAAUUUCUUUUCAGGGAAGAUUCCAGGUAGCUUAGGAGAAUUGUUGAGGCUGACUACACUUGAUUUGAGCAAACAGAAACUCUCUGGUCAGUUGCCACCAGAGCUUUAUGGCUUGCCAAAUUUACAAGUCAUUGCUUUGCAGGAAAAUGUGUUGUCCGGGGAUGUUCAUGAAGGAUUCAGUAGUUUGACGGGUUUACGCUACUUGAACCUCAGUUCCAAUGCCUUAUCAGAGCUUGGUGACUGCUCUGAUAUUGAAAUACUUGAGUUGCAAUCAAAUUUUUUAACUGGCAACAUUCCUGCUGAUCUCUCUCGCCUUUCACAGUUGAAAGUGCUUGAUCUAAGUAGGAACAAUUUAUCAGGUGAAGUUCCAGAGGAAAUCUCCAAAUGUUCGUCCUUAACUUCGUUGUUACUAGAUACUAAUCAUCUUUCAGGCAACAUUCCAGAUUCAUUGUCCAAUUUGUCCAACCUAACAUCUCUUGAUCUCUCCACUAACAACUUGAGUGGGGAGAUUCCUGCUAAUCUUACUCGAAUCACUAGCUUGGAAUACUUCAAUGUGUCGAGCAAUAACCUUGAAGGUGAGAUUCCACUGUCGUUGGGCUCUAGAUUUAAUAAUCCUUCAGCAUUUGCGGGUAAUGCAGACCUUUGUGGAAAGCCGUUGAGAAGAAAAUGUGUGGAUAUAGCUGAAAGGGACAGAAGGAAAAGGCUGAUUCUUUUGAUUGUUGUGGCUGCAACAGUAGCUUGUCUCCUGGCGUUGUGUUGCUGCUUCUACAUUUUCAGCUUAUUGAGGUGGCGCAAGAGACUAAAACAAGGAGCAGCUGGGGAGAAGAAAAGGAGCCCAGCAAGAGCUAGCUCAGCAGCGAGUGGUGGCCGCGGCAGCUCAGACAAUGGGGGGCCAAAGCUUGUUAUGUUUAACAACAAGAUCACACUUGCAGAAACGAUUGAAGCAACUAGGCAAUUCGAUGAAGAAAAUGUGCUUAGUAGAACCAGGUUUGGAUUAGUUUUCAAGGCAUGCUAUAACGAUGGAAUGGUGCUUUCGAUAAGAAGACUCCCAGAUGGAUCAAUGGAUGAAAACAUGUUUAGAAAAGAAGCCGAGUUUCUAAGCAAAGUGAAGCAUCGAAACCUUACAGUUCUUCGUGGAUACUAUGCUGGGUCACCAGAUUUAAGGCUUCUUGUCUAUGACUACAUGCCCAAUGGAAACCUUGCUACUCUCCUUCAAGAAGCAUCUCACCAGGAUGGUCAUGUACUCAAUUGGCCAAUGCGUCACCUUAUAGCUCUUGGAAUCGCCCGUGGACUAGCCUUUCUACACACAUCAAACAUUGUUCAUGGAGAUGUGAAGCCACAAAGUGUUCUAUUCGAUGCAGAUUUUGAAGCCCAUCUCUCUGAUUUUGGACUAGACCGCUUGACCUUGCCAACUCCAGCAGAACCCUCCACUUCAACAACAGUUGGGACGUUGGGCUAUGUAUCCCCAGAAGCAGUACUAACAGGGGAGCUCACAAAAGAAUCAGAUGUCUACAGCUUUGGUAUAGUUUUGCUGGAGCUACUGACGGGAAAAAGACCUGUAAUGUUUACCCAAGAUGAAGAUAUAGUGAAGUGGGUCAAGAAGCAACUGCAGAUGGGUCAAAUUACAGAACUGUUAGAGCCAGGAUUACUUGAGCUUGAUCCUGAAUCAUCAGAAUGGGAAGAGUUUUUGCUAGGAGUGAAAGUUGGCUUGCUUUGCACAGCACCGGACCCUCUUGAUCGACCCACCAUGCCGGACAUUGUUUUCAUGCUCGAAGGUUGCCGUGUCGGUCCCGAUAUUCCAUCCUCCGCCGAUCCCACCUCUCAGCCUUCACCGGCGCUUCAGCCCGAAACAUUUUGAGACCCGAAAACCCGGGGCUCUUUACGGUCACGGAUCUUUGACCUUUUUUUAAAAAAUAAAUUUCGAGUGCAACGGUAGGCAUGGGAUUUUUUCUUUUUCUUUCUAAAUAGUGGUACAUUUCUUUUUUUAAAUUUUUUUUUACAAAAUUGCCCUGAUUUUACUCAUUCUUCUUCAUUAAUGCCGGCCUCGGGGGGAAGGGGUGGGACCAGAGAGAGGAGGGAAAGUUCAAUACAUUUGGUCAACUAUAGGGGACAGGCGAAGUUAAAGAUGUCUAGGAAAGGACAAAAGUGGAGCCCACCAUUCUAUCCCGCCAAAUUAAAAAGAACAGGAAAGAGAGAGGACAGUCUCGUAAAGUCACGUGGCAGAGCAAGGCGUUCGCAGUGGAUGACGAGGAGUGAAAAAAGUAGCCGUUAAUGUUGUGGGGUCCAAGGUACAAGCUGGCAAAAAACUUACAAAAAAGAAGUCUUUAGUUUUUUGUAAGGGGUUUUGAUAGAGACCAAGUAGCGGGGCACAGCUUCAAUGAGCCUUUCAAUAUGUGGUGAAGCCACGUGGGAUGACCUGUUGCCCUCAGCUCCUUUUUUUGAAAAUGUAGAAGACAGAGAAGUGUGGAGUACAGUGGCGCAAAAUUUUAGGUCCCACUGGAACAGUAUGGAAAGAGAGAAAAUGAUGACUAAAAUUUCAAUUGAAUUGUUUUUUGGGUGGGGUAACGGCUUUAUUGUUGAUUUGAAUUGAAUCUGAUUCUGUCAUUAGUCUGUAUUUUUUUUUUCCUUAAAAAAAAAAAAAAAGAAUACAGAGCACGUAGGAGUAUUUUGUUUUUUUUUUAAAGCAAGAUAAGCUCUAUUUCUCCUGCGUGUUUUUUUGUUUUA